AUGAGUGAUUAUCCGAACCAACCAAACAUACAGACCUCAACACCGCAAUCGCUCCUUAAUGUUCUUAUACACGAGUAUCUCACAAAAAAUAACUUCCCUCAGACCGCAAUGACAUUCAAAAAUGAGGCUAGCAUUGCAGAGUAUGCUGAUACUACAAGCAACAGCGUGCUCUUGGAGUGGUUUAGAAUGUUCAACGAAAUUUGCAUGGUUAGGAGCGGAUCAACAAGCGAUUUUGAGAAUUUGGCACGUAUAGAGGCAAUAAUGCUCAGGCUCGAGAAUGAGAAAAUGCGAUACUAUAACGUGACAAAGGACAAGGGAUUUGAUAACGAUAAAAUGAGGAUGCAGCCGAUGAUGAGGAGACAGCCAAGAUAUGGGCGUGAACAGGAGAUACGUUAUUCGAUGCCACCACGUUUCAACGAUAGACGCCCACAGAGGAGUGAUUACGUUUCUGAUGAUUUCAGAAGGGAAUACGAAGACUAUCGUAGAAUGAGCGCAUUCGGUGAACGUGAUAUGAGGCAGGGCGAUGCACGAGCGGAAAUGAGGAAUGGAGAAAUGAGGGAUGGCAUGCGCACCGACAUACGGGAUCCUGCAUUCAGGGACCCUGCGCGUCCGGACUUGAAAUACGAUCCUAGGGAGGCAAUGCGAGACAAUCCCCCGACCCCUGGAAACAAUUACGGUUACAGUUCGCUUAUUAACCUAAAUCUAGAAACUCGAAGACAAAGUGCACCAGACCCAAAGUUUGAGGAUAUAAAAGAAACUAAAAAGGUGUACCAGAAUAAUUUGAAGGAGAUUAACAGCUUCUUUUUCGACCAGAAAAUAUGCUGCUCGGCAAGCACUAACAAUUUGCUUUUUGUGGCGCUGAGUGACCGCACCAUUCAAAUUAUAAAUCUAUUAAACAUGAAAAUAGUAGGCAGUUUUGAGCCACAUGGCAAACAGGUGGUCGAAAUGAAUGUUCUCGUUUUGGACGACGAUCAUUCCUUUGAACACAAGCCAAUGAAUGAGCAGAAUACCGAAAGGAGUGAAACGGGUGAGAAUGUUGUUCUGUGCACAAAUGCGCGUGAAAAGGAGAUAAAGGUGUUUAAGGCGUCUGAUGAUGGCAAUAUAAGCAACGUGUGUAUUGUGUUGCCACGGAAUGUAGCAUUUACGAGUGCGCUCACCAAGGACUGGGUGUACACGGUAGAUUUAGAUGGGGAAUUUUGUAAGUUUGAUCUUUGCGGUGCAUUGAAAGAACGCGUGAUGAUGGACGAGGGUGUUAAGCAGCUCGUUUACUACAAAGACGAUCUUUUCAUCGUUAACACCCGUGAAAGAGUGCAUGUGUAUGACUAUGGGAAAAGAGAAAGUAUAAGAGAUCUUUCCAAUGAACCUGCUUUGUUGAUUGUUCAUUAUAACGAUUUGUUCGCACUUCUACACCGGGACACGGUAGUAAUAUUCAGUAGGGAUCUGAAAAGACUGAAUGCAAUUUCCGUCGUAAACCGUAUGAACAGCCUUGCUGUUCUUGAUGAGAACAAUGUUUUUGUAGGUGUGUAUCGACAGAUAUACUGGCAUUCGUUUAACUCCCUCAUUACUAAUGAAAAGCAUGCAGGAACAAUUACUGCCUUGGAGGUGUGCAAUUUGUUUGGCAGAACGGUAAUCAUCAGCAUGUCACAGACAGGAGAAUGCAAAAUAUGGGAAAUAUCCUUUUAA